UACUUUUAAAUAUUUCAUGCCUCAUUUCCAUAUCUUAACAUAAACUUUCAGAUAAACUCUAAAACAAAACAAAAAAUCACUGCCUCUUUGUAAAUAAGAAAAUUGCUCAAAUUUGAUGGUGCUAUUUAAUAGUUAAAAUAUUUUUUUCUUGUUUAUUUGUGGUGUCUCCCCAUAUAUGAUGAAAUGUGCUUCCUGGUGUCGUCAUCACUAACGCCCCUCAGAGAAGGCCUCUGAUUGGUCCGCGCCGCAGCCCCUUCCCCCUCAUCUUCUUCUCUCAAACAAACAAUUGAGCAACGGUUCACGUUUCUUAUCGGUUACCGGGAGUCUCCACCGAAAACAGCGCAAUUUAGCCGGGUCAAAGUGACGUCUGUUGGCUCCGGACAAACGGCUGUUUUCUCUCCAAUGUGUGCCGAGUGAAAGCCUGCCCUCUUCCCCGCCCACAGGCCAACGGCAGGAGGGCAGAGUCGGAGGACGGUACAUUGUUUUGAACGCGCUAGCUAACUUUUUGCGGAGUUUUUUUUUUUUCAGAAGCUAACCGUUAGCAUCAAACGCGCUAUUAAAAGCCGACUUAGCGCUUUCUGUAGCUUAGUUUAGCUUCGCUCCAGGCAAAAUGGUGACUUUCUCGACGGCGGUCAGACCCCUCAUCUCCCACCUCCAGCGGCAGCUCGUCAGACACGGCAGGAGUCACCGGAUAACGCCCGUCAGAAGAUGCAACCUGACGGCUUGUUCCAGCAAAUAUGUGCUGUCUCAGAUGCAUCCCAUGUGGCAGGGACCCCUCGCGGUACCAGGAGGCGAUCGACAGUCUCCCAUAGACAUCGUCGUGAGAAAGAGCGUCUUCGAUUCGAAGCUGAAGCCGCUGGAGACGGAGUACGACCCGCAGACGUGUCAGCAGAUCUGGAACAACGGUUAUUCCUUUCUGGUCGAGUACGACGACACCACAGACAAGUCCACGCUGAAAGGGGGCCCCCUGCAAGACAAGUUCAGGCUGUGUCAGUUCCACUUCCACUGGGGGGAGAGCAACUCCUGGGGGUCCGAGCACACCGUGGACAGGAGGCUGUUCCCUGCAGAGCUCCACUUGGUUCACUGGAACUCUGAUAAGUACAGCCUGUUUGAGGAGGCAGUGAUGGAAGACAACGGACUGGCUGUUAUUGGAGUUUUCCUCAAGGUGGGAAAGAGACACGAGGGGCUGCAGAAGCUGGUGGACGCUCUGCCUGCUAUCAGACACAAGGGCAGUGUGGUGGAUUUUACCCGGUUUGAUCCUGGAUGUCUGCUACCCACCAACACCGACGACUACUGGACGUAUCACGGCUCUCUGACUACACCUCCUUUAACCGAAUCCGUCACCUGGAUCGUCAUGAAGCAGCACAUCGAAGUCAGCCACGACCAGCUGGCGGUGUUCCGGAGCCUCCUGUUCACGUCGGCCGAGGAGGAAGUCCAGAAGAGCAUGGUGAACAACUUCCGGGUGCAGCAGCCUCUCCGGGGUCGAACCGUCCGCUCGUCCUUCACGCCCUUCCUGCAGGAGGCGCCGCCCACCGAGGGCCACUGAUGACCUCGGCUCAGUAACACACUGUCCACCGCUCACCUCCACGACACUUCAACACCACCUGAAGCAAAAAGAGCGUAUUUAAGAGUGCGACACAGCUCACUCCGAGGAGCUUCAGUCGUACUUAUCGCUGGUUUUCUAUCAUGAAUGUUUUUAUUUAGGUUUUACAAACGGUUUUACACAGCAGGGGCAUGCAGUUUCUGAUCGGUUGAGUUUCAUUUUUCAUAUUUUGGUUUGAUUGUUGCAGACCAACAGCCAAUAAGGGACGGUUGAUGGAUAAAAACGCAGACGUAUGUGGUUUAAAGUCCGCACAGGUGGCUCAAAGAGUCCGACAGCAGCAUGUGAGCCGUAAAUUUAUCUUCUGCUUCUCCAGGCUGAUUACUGAUCAGCUAAGCUAGGCUAGUUAGCAUUUAGCAGCUAGCUUUGUCUGCUGCUGUGCUUCAGUCGGCUCCGAUUUCAGAUUCUGUCUAAUUUAUGCGAAUGAACUCUUCAGAAUGAAGUGGCUGAAUUAGCUGUAGCUAAGCUAACAGCUAGUGCGGGUGCUACAUAGUGCCAUUUUACUGCUGUUGAGACAUUUUCCGCAGUAUGUUUGUUUAUUUGAAGGUUUUUGUGCAAUUUUGAUCUGCCUGUGAGCACUUCAAACCACAUAUUCCUGUAAAAUAAUCAAACCAGUCCCUGUUGAUUCUCAUUUUUCAUAUUUUGGUUUGAUUGUUGCAGACCAAUAACCAAUAAGGGACGGCCGCUUUUGGGGGAAAACAUGCAGUUUUACCGCUUUUAUGAACAUAAAUCCUAUUUAUUGUGCAUUUUGCAGCUCGUUCGGUUAGCGUACGCGGGUUAGUGGCUGCAGUGGAGCUCAAUCUCCUCACGCUGACAUUUUUAUCCAUAAAAGGAAGCUGAAGCUGCUCUGGGUUUACAGGAGAUUUAACCCGCCGUCUGGGGGGAGCGUCUCUCCUCUGAAAUACAGAUGAAAUCCCAAAUCAUCAGUGGCUUCUCACCACAGUGUCACUUUUAUACAUUCUGUACGAUCAGGUGCUGAUUUAUUGCUGAUUAUUUUUAAUCAUCUGCAUUAUAAAGAUCAAUAGAAUGUGUUUUUUUUUUCAUCUGUUAUAAAGAGAUUAAGCUGUAAAUGGUACAUCUGACAUUCAGACGCCUUUUUGUUUGGUUUCUUUUUAAACUCCCACAUGCAGCCUUUUGUUACUAAAAUGCACAGGUUACUAAAACACAUCGAUGUGUUGUGAUUGAAACGAGCAGUUCCCUUCAAACGACCACAGUGCCUUAAAUGUUUCAUCUCAGCAUCUCAGAGCUCGUAGAUUAUCUUCCUUCAGGAUGACGUUGGAUAUCGUAUCGUCUAAAUGUCUUUCACUCAGACUGCAGGAGUUUCAGGACGGUUUAUCCACUUUCACCCUCAAAGCACUCAGCUGUAAAUGGCUUCUGUCUUUAGGAAUCAGUUUCCUUCCUGAAAUGUGAUGUUGUCUGCAUCACAGUUUCAUCUUAAGGAGUUUAAAUUGCCUUUUUAAUCAUAGGGAUGCUGUAUUGAUUGACCGAUGUGGGUUUUUUAAAGGCUGAUACCAAUUACUGAUGCUCAAGAGUUGAAGAUGUGCAGUAAAUGUAACUUUUUAGCAGCAGAUAACCUGUCAUUUAUAACUGGAGUUCUUCAUUACUAAGAGGGAUUAGAACUGAAGAUGUAAAAUGGAGAUCGAUCGGUUUGUUUCCUGAAGUUCAUCAUCUCCUGUUCUUCUCUAGUUUCUUUAUAUUUCACUGUUUUAUCACUUUUAUUGCUCACUAAGGUUCUCAGAGUUGUUUCUGACUGGAUUAAAUGUGGGUCAGAGUGAUGCUCUGCAGGUUGUUCUGGUGUUCAGGUACGAUUAUCACUCCACCACUGAGCUGAGCAAAGCUGAACAUGUUAACCUUUUGAUCAGAUAUUAGAACUAAGGUAAAGGUGACAUCUCCACCACCCUUUUGCUCAUUCAGACACGUUUUGUUUUUUUACUUAUCGCUAGAGAAGGUUGUCUUGAAUUUCUGAGAUGACUUCAGGCAGGAGUGUCAAACUCAUUUUAGUUCAAGUUCACUCCAGUUUGACCUCAGGUGGACGAUACCAGUAAAAUCACAGCAUAAUAACCUAUAAAUAACUCCAAAUGUUUCCUUUGUUUUAGUGCGAAAAAGCAAGUUCUAGAAAUGUUCACAUUUAAGGAAUUAUCUUUUUACAAAACAUCAUGAAAAACCUGAAAAUUCUUCAGAAAAAUAAGUUCCGUUUCAACAACGUUCAGCCUCAGUUUAUCAUUUACACGUUAAAACUUACAGAUCAGAGUGUCUAUAAAGACGCAAAGCAUUUAGUCAACUGGAACUGAACUUAUGGUCAAAAACGACCAAAAAAAGACGAUUAUUUUAAAUUUAUAUUUUUACUAAUUAACAUUUUCCAGUUAAUGUCUUCUCUGUAAUGUUUACAAAGUCGUCUCGUGGACCAGAUGUUUGACACCCUGACUUCAGGUGACAUUUUUUCUCAAAUUGCAUGUUUAAGGUCAGACAGAAGAAGUUUCUCUCGAUGAAGCAACCAGUUAUAAAACUCCUGCAGUCUGAGCCAGCGUGAUUUCAGCAGAAGAAUCCAGUAAGCGCUGCCAGGACUGACGUCUGCAGAGUAAAUGUCAGAGAGCCGCUGCCUUCAGUCCGUCGUCUGCUUUAGCUCUCUCACUCCAUGUGUUUAACAGAAGAUUAAUCAAACUAACGCCGUCACAUUUUACUGUUAGUAGGGUUUAGAAGUAUAUAUUCUAAUGCAGAUUCUGUAAACGCACAAACGGUUUUCAAAGUGACCCGCGGGACCAACUGACCACAACAGCCUCAGAAUCACCGCCUCCAUCAGAGCUUUAACGCCUGUUGUUCUCUCUGACAUCUGCAGUAAAUUAAGCAGCUCUGUGGUGCUUUUUUUUCCCCUCUUAAUUGGGAAGGAGCUCGUGCAAUGUUGAAUCAUGUAAAGAAAUCUGGAAGUGUGACGCUCUGGAUGAAUGUGCAGGAAAGUUAAAAAGACAGAAGAGAUUUUGAGGUGUUUAACCCUCGUGUCGUCCUGCGGGUCAAAACGACCCGUUUUAAAGUUUGAAAAUGUGAAAAAAUAGAUAUUUUCACAGUGAAAUUUCUGAUGUCCAUAUUUUUUGCAUUGUUGGGAAAUCUUUUGGUGGAAAAAAAUAAAUGUUCAAAGUGUUUCUUUAAGAACAUUCACAUAAAAAUCAACCAAAAUCCAGCGAAUUUCGCUGGAUUUUGGUUGAUUUUUAUGUGAAUGUUCUUAAAGAAAAUAUCAGAAGUUUUACUGAUAUAUAUUUAAUCACUUUAGAUAUUUUUAGGAUUUUUUUGGAAGAUUUUUACUAUUUUUUUUUAAAUAUUUGCACAAAUUUUCUUGCCAAAUUUGGGGGAAUUUGUUUAAAAUAAAACUUUUAAGGAAUUAUUGGAAUUUUCUUCCUAAAAGUUUUGCAAAUUUGGGUAAUUUUUUGCUGAAUUUUUGGAUUUUUUUCAGACAGGACAGUGUUUUUUGGUGCCUGUAAACGAGGACAACAGGAGGGUUAAAGGUUGAGUCGAGGUCACGGUUGUCUCUCGGAUUCUCCUCCAACAAUGAAUGUGUUCCUCCGACGCUCAGACCAGACCCCCUGAGGUGGAAGCGGCUCUGAAAGAACCCAAACGUAGAGAAAAGAGGCGACGCUUUGUGAUGUGAGCGACGGUGACUAGCGGUGAAGGCUCACAGUAACACCAGAGGAGGAGAUUCUUUGAAAAGUGCUUUUUUUUUUCUGUGUAUCAAACCCACAUGGAGACAAGGGACCUGCUGCUGCCUUCAUCUUAUUCAUGUGUUUAAAUCAUGCACCAUCAUCUGCCUUCAUUUUUAUGCCUUUUUUUAAAAGAAUGAUGCCGUUAAUGUCGUAAAGUGUGAUGCAAAUGUUAAAUCUGUUGAAAAUGAUUGUCUGGGCUGCCUUUGGGAAUCGGUUUAGUUCCAAAUCAAGAUGUUUUCUGCAUCACCGUUACACCUCAAGGACUUUUAGAUCUUCUUUUUCCGUCUUCUCAUGUCAUUUUGUGCGUCUUUUCCGGCCUCCUGUCUCUGUUUGGGAUGUUUUAGCAGGUGUAGGUGUAGGUUGUGUUUCUGUACUCUGUACGCAGUGUAUAUUUUAGCUGUUUGUUUGUCCAGUGUGCUGCCCACAUUCCUGCCCCGUGGGGCCACACUGAGGCUCCUCUGCCUUCCCAGUGUGCCUCUCUCCACCUGGUCCAGGAAGGCGUCGCCCCUGCAGACCCUCCUGUUUCUGAUGUAAAUAUGAUUUUAAAGAAACUGACAUAUGUAUAUCAAUAAAGUAAAUGUGAUGUAAAGACGA